AUGGAAGAAGCUGGACCAUCUAUAACAGUAACAUCACUGACGAACAUUCUUUCAUUUGCAAUUGGUAUUCUGACUCCAACACCUGCAAUUUCCAUCUUCUGCCUUUAUACUUGUGUGGGAGUCGCUGUCGACUUUGUCUACCAGCUCACCUUCUUUGUGGCAGCGCUUGUAUAUGAGGAGAUGCGAAUUGCAGAGCCAGAGAAACCGCCGAUUACUGAUGUGGCCCAAUGCGAAGGAUGUGGUGGCAGCCAAAUUGUCUGUACGAUCGGUGCAUCCAGCAGAUCCGAACGACUCGACUAUUGCUCUUGGUCGUUCUUAAUUGGCUACUGGUUAGCGUCUCUUUACGGCUGCCUGAAAAUGGAAAUACGCAUGGACACUACGAACCUUAUAAUGAAAGAUAGUCCACUGCACAACGUGGCCUACAUUUACGAGAAUUUCCUGUGGAAAGAAGGACAGCUCGUUUUGGUUUUUGUGAACAAUCCUCCUGAUCUCUCAAUUGAACAUAAUCAACGGCGUAUGCUUGGUCUGGUUAGUGAAUUCGAAGGUUUGCGCUAUUCGAUGGGGAAGAAUUCAACGUCUUUCUGGCUACGAUCGUUUUUGUACCAGUCGGCACUUUAUCAGACCAAAGAAGGAUUCUAUUCGAUACUAGACGAAUGGCUUCAGAAAAUGGCGGGUCAAGAUGGAAUGACAUGGUGGCGGCUCCAGCGUAACAUGAGUGGUGCUGUCGUUGGAGUGAAUAAGUUUAUGUUUGCGACGGCUGCAGCGAUGGGUGAGGAAGCGAGUUGGAAUACCAGAGCUCGUCUACAGCAUGCUUGGAGAGCCGUCGCCAAACGCAACGAACAAUUUAAUGUUUCUAAAGUAACUAUGCGUCGAUAUCGUUUUUAUCACGCACUAUUGUCAAGCGUAUUCGGUUUACCGUAUGACUCACACAAUCGCUAUGAUAUCCAUAAACGUGGGCGUGUUUGGUCUACUUUCCCUAUGGAACGUGAAUCUGGAUCCGAUAUCGAUGUGCACAACAUUGAUGAGUAUAGGCUUUUCCGUCGACUUUACUGCCUCUAUAUAAGCUACCACUUCUAUAGAAAUCCAGCCUCUUGGACAACGGAUGAACGAUUAGCGGAUGCCUUGAGGUCAAUCGGGUGGCCGAUGAUACAAGCAGGUUGUUCAACAAUUCUCUGUAUCUCUGCUCUUUUGCUAAUCGACUCUUAUAUGGUAUAUGUGUUCACGAAGACCAUUUAUCUCGUUAUCAGUCUUGGCCUUUUGCAUGGAAUCGUUUUUCUUCCGGCGCUACUACUGACGCACCGCACGAUGGAGUGGCUCCAACGAUUCUCCAGCAUAGGCGAGAACAAGGCUAAAACUGCACUGCUAGAAGCUGAAACA